AUAUUUAAGUGUAAGAGGUCGCUCACUCGCUUUAAAGUAUUUUAUCUAACCAAAAUGGCGGUGUCGAGGAUUUUCGGCAAUCAAGCACUACGUAGAUGGGCUUUCAACUUGACAGGCUACAACAAACUAGGUUUACUUCAUGAUGAUUGUCUUAAUGAAACUGAGAUAGUAAAAGAAGCUGUUCGUCGACUUCCUCCCGACCUUCAAGAUGCAAGAACAUAUCGUAUGCUACGAGCAAUGCAGCUAAGUUUACAGCAUAAUAUUCUUCCAAAAGAACAGUGGACUAAAUUUGAAGAGGAUGUUCGAUAUCUGGAGCCAUACAUGAAUGAGGUGAAAAUGGAAAUGAAGGAAAAACAAGAAUGGAACAAGAAUUAUUGAGUAAAUUACUUACGUAGGAAGCACUAAUUAUUAAAGAUUAAAGAAAAUACUGACUUUAGGAACACUGCUAUUCUAUGUUGUUAUAGUUGCAGUUUCUUUAUGAUCGAGGUUAACUGUAGAAAUGGAUCAUAAAAAUAAAAUCUUAACCAAAAGUUUUAAAAGA